AUGUACCAUCGAUACAUAGCAUGUGCACGUAAGUCACUAAGUCGCUUCAUCGAUUUUAGAAGAAAACUUGUGAGCAGGGUUUUCAUGGCCCUAAAACAAAAAAACGUCGAGAAUGGCUGUCUUUAUGAACCUCUGCAAACUAUUCCGCCAUCUGAAACAAACGAAAAUGUUACUCCAAUGGUUGAAGCAGGAACGUUAAGUAAACUUACAUUCUGGUGGCUAAAUCCUUUGAUGAUAAAAGGAAAAACUAAAGUUCUUGACGACAAAGACAUCCCAAAGUUACGAAGAGAAGAUACAGCUAAAGAAUGCUAUUCCAGAUUCAUGGAGACGAUGAAGAAGCGACGUGCUUCCGGUGGUCGUGGUGAUUCCGAUCCGUCGAUAUUGUCAACACUGUUCGUUUGGCAAUGUAAAGAGGUCGUGAUCACAGGCUUCUUUGCACUAAUAAAAGUGCUCGCUUUGGCUUCUGGACCUUUGAUUCUACGAGCUUUCAUUAGGGUUUUCCAAGGGAAAGAAAGCUUUGAGCAUGAAGGUUACUUUCUGGCGUUAGGUCUGCUACUAGCGAAAUGUCUAGAAUCGGUAUCGGAGAGACAACUAAAGUUUGGGAGUAGAGUGAUCGGACUCCAAGUGAAAUCGAUGUUAUGUGCAGCCAUUUAUCAGAAGCAACUCCGGCUAUCCAACGAUGCUAAAUUGAGUUACUCCUCCGGUCAAAUAAUGAACUACGCCACCGUUGAUGCUACUAGAAUCGGCGAGUUCCCGUUUUGGUUUCAUCGGGUAUGGAUGAUACCUCUUCAGAUAUGUCUGGCGAUAGUUAUAAUCUAUUUUUCAGUGGGAGUUGCAACAUUUGCAUCUGUUCUAGUAGUAACGUUGACAGUUCUUGGAAAUAUCCCGUUGGGUAAGUUGCAACAUGAAAACUUAACAGGACUUAUGAUGACACAAGACCGAAGAUUGAAGGGUAUAACGGAGGCUGUUACAAACAUGAAGGUUUUGAAGUUGUAUGCAUGGGAGAUGCAUUUCCGGGAGGUGGUUGGAAAGUUGAGAAACGAAGAGAUUAGAUGGUUAUCGGCUGUUAUCUCACAAAGAGGCGUCUACUUGGCUCUUUAUUGGUCGUCUCCGGCGGUUGUAGCAGUAGUUACGUUUUGGUCGUGUUAUUUGUUGGGAAUCCCACUUGAUGCAGGUAAUGUGUUCACGUUUCUGGCAACAAUUCGGAUCAUUCAGGAGCCUAUUCAGAGCAUUCCCGAUGUUGCAGCUGUGUUUAUCGAAGCAAGUGUAGCGUUAGCUCGUGUUGUUAAGUUUCUUGAGGCGCCUGAAUUGCAGAAAGAGGGAACAAGUCAUGUGAAUGUGGAAGAUGAUCAAGAUCUAUCUGUAAUAAUCAAAUGUGAGAGGAUUUCAUGGAAUGAUGAUUCAUCAAAACCGACCCUAACCCAUGUAAAUCUUGAGGUUUCAACAGGCAAAAAGGUGGCAAUAUGUGGAGAGGUCGGGUCGGGUAAAUCGACUCUUAUAUCUGCCAUUCUAGGAGAGGUUCCCAACAUAGAAGGCACGGUUGAAGUUUAUGGCAAGGUGGCAUACGUUUCGCAAACAGCAUGGAUCCAAACAGGGACUAUUCAAGAAAAUAUUAUGUUUGGAAUGUUGAUGGAUGAGGAAAAGUAUGAAAAAGUAGUAGCACAAUGCUCACUUGUGAAGGAUAUCGAGAUGUUUCCGUUUGGAGACCAAACAAUUAUAGGAGAACGAGGCAUAAAUCUUAGUGGUGGACAAAAACAACGAAUUCAACUUGCUCGGGCAUUAUAUCAAGAUGCAGAUACAUACCUCUUGGAUGAUCCGUUCAGUGCAGUUGAUGCACAUACUGCAUCCAGUCUGUUCAAGGAAUACAUCAUGGAUGCUCUAUCUAGCAAGACGGUGUUGCUUGUAACUCACCAAGUCGAUUUCUUGCCAGUUUUUGACGAUAUACUGUUAAUGGUAGACGGGAAGAUCGUGCAAACAGGAACAUAUGAGAAAUUACUUGCAUCUUGUAGAGAGUUCAAAAACCUUAUGAUCACACUUAGGGAUACUUCCACUUUAGAUAAUCAAGAAGCACAUGAUGAUUCUCAACACGGAUUUAAAGCUCUAUUUCAACAAAACCAAAAAACUAAUCCUAAAGAAGAAAUUGUAGGAGAACAAUUGCUUAAGCAAGAAGAAAAAGAAGCAGGGGACACGGGUUUUAAACCGUACAAACAAUAUCUUAGCCAGAGCAACGGUGUUUUCUACUUCUCUAUGUUGGUUUUGAUAAAUUUUGUGUACAUAAUCGGGCAGGUGUUGCAAAAUCUAUGGUUGGCUAAGGAAGUGCACAGUUUUGGUGUAAACCAUAGGAACAUGUUGCUAGUAUACACGAUCCUCGCUUUCAUGGUUAUAAUCUUAUUAUUUAGUAGAUCUUAUUUUGCUGUUAAACUAGGGGCUAAGACGUCGAUAACAAUGUUUAUGAAGUUGAUUACAUCACUUUUUCGAGCACCAAUGGCCUUCUAUGACUCAACACCUAUCGGAAGGAUCAUCAGUCGGGUGUCAUCCGAUCUUAGCAUUGUGGACCUUGAAUUGGCAAUAAAGCUUACGAUGUGCGUAGGAGCAACGAUGAAUGCUUACUUAAGCUUUGGGGUCUUGGCGUUCCUAACUUGGCCUACUUUGUUCAUUAUCAUUCCCACGGUUUAUGUAACGAUACUUCUACAGAAAUUCUACAACGCUUCUGCAAAGGAGUUGAUGCGAUUAGAUGGCACGAGUAAGUCAUUAGUAGCAAGCCAUCUUGCACAGUCAAUUGCCGGAGCCGUAACCAUCCGUGCGUUUAGCAAAGAAGAUCGUUUCUUUCUAGAACAUAUGCACCUUAUUGAUGGCAACGCGAGUCCAUUUUUUCAUAGUUUUUCAGCAAAUGAGUGGUUGAUCCAACGUCUUGAAAUGCUAUGUGCACUUGUUGUUUCAUUGUCUGCCUUGGCCAUAACUUUGCUUCCAUUUCAAGCUUCUGACUCAGGUAUCAUUGGAAUGACUCUUUCCUAUGGGCUCUCAUUGAACGUUGCCCUUGUUGCUUCCAUCCAAUUUCAAUGCCAACUUUCAAAUCAGAUAGUUUCAAUUGAAAGACUAGAGCAAUACAUGCAUAUUCCUAGUGAAGCCCCAGAAAUCAUAGAAGCCAAUCGUCCCUCAACAAGUUGGCCAAGUAUCGGUAGAGUUGAUAUCCAAAACCUUAAAAUUAGAUAUCAACCGAAUUCCCCAUUGGUUCUUCAAGGAAUCAAUUGUGUAUUUGAAGGAGGACAUAAAAUUGGAAUUGUUGGAAGGACAGGGAGUGGAAAAACAACUUUGAUAGGUGCUUUGUUUCGACUAGUGGAACCUACACAAGGAAGGAUUGUUAUAGAUGACUUAGAUAUCACUUCUAUUGGCCUUCAUGACCUUCGAUCAAGUUUUGGUAUCAUCCCACAAGAACCAACUCUAUUUAGUGGCUCCAUUCGAUAUAAUCUUGAUCCCCUAGCAGAACAUAGUGAUCACGAACUGUGGAAGGUUCUUGAAAAAUGCCAACUUCGAGAGGUGAUUCAAGAUAAAAAAGAGGGGUUAGACUCGUUAGUUGUGCAAGAUGGCUUGAAUUGGAGUUUGGGACAACGGCAACUAUUCUGUUUAGGAAGAGCCCUUUUGAAGAGACGAAAGAUAUUGAUACUUGAUGAAGCCACAGCCUCAAUCGACAAUUCAACAGAUACAAUUAUCCAAAAAACAAUUCGGGAAGAAUUUCAAGAUUGUACAGUAAUAACAGUUGCACAUAGAAUACCAACUGUUAUAGACUGCACAGUGGUACUUGUUAUGAAGGAUGGAAAGGUGAUGGAGUAUGACAAGCCCAUGAAACUGAUGAAUGAAUCGGCUUCCUUAUUCACGCAGCUUGUUAAUGAAUAUUGGUCACAACAUAAAGCCUCAGGAUUAAACUAGGUAAGAUUUGUGCUACGAAAAUAAUCCACAUAUAUUCCUCCUAACAACGACUUUUCUUGUAGUGUGAACUGUGUAUAAUUUCAUAUCCCUUUUCUCAUUUUUUAGAUCAAGUGAGACCUCAUAAGAUGCAAUGCCAAUCAAUAAUUAGAUUUUCUCCUUGAUCAUGAAGAAAUUGAGAAUUAUCGCCAUGUAAUUUACCUUUUUAGAUCAAGAUGCAAUGCCUUAUGAUUUGGUUUAAAAAGGAAAAACUAUAUAUCAUCUAUUUUAAGUUUUUAA